UUUUAUUAUUUUGUGAAAAUGGUAAUUAUUUACACGAAUAUUAUUCCCUUAUGCCCCCAUUAAUUAAAAUCAUAAAUCUCCUUUAAAUUUCUCACCUAACUCACAGUCCAGUAGUAAAGUAACACAAAAUUCUCUCGUUUAUUUUUUCUUAAUCUUUUCAUCUUUUCACUAAUGUGGCUAUCAUCAUGGUUAGGUUUAUCACGGGGUAACCGAACCACUACCCGAGCCUACAGUUCCUACCGAAGCAUCGAAGAUAUCCGAACCAUCCUCCAAACCGAACCCGAUUCACCAAAUUCCCCCACUCUCUGCCGCCGCCUCAGCACCUCUCACACUCUCCUCCGAUCCGUCAGCAGCCACGCCCACGACCACGCCCGAGCCCGCGGCAUCCCUUCCUCCAUCACCGUCCCCUCCAACCUCGACCACGGCGGCAUCGUCGUUUACUACACCAGCCUCCGCGUCAUUCGCCGCACAUUCAACGACUGCAGAACCGUUCGAUCUAUCCUCAAACGGUUCUCCGUUUCCAUCGACGAGCGCGAUGUGUGCGUCGACGAACGCUUUCGCGAGGAGCUUUACGAGAUCCUCGGCCGCCGGAACGUUCCUUUACCCUGCGUGUUUAUCGGAGGCGAAUACAUCGGCGGCGUGGAUGAUUUCAAAAAGCUUUACGAUAGCGGCGAGUUGCAGGAGAUGAUUGAACGGUUACCGAAGACGAAUCCGAACGCUUGUGAAUUUUGCGGUGGAAUAAGAUUCGUGGUUUGCGAUGAGUGCGAUGGAAGCCAUAGAGUGUUCGCGGACAAGAGCGGGUUCAAGACUUGUUUAUCUUGCAAUACCAACGGCUUGAUCAGGUGCCCUGCAUGUUUCUUCGUACUGCCGCGUCACACCAAAUAGUAAUUUCCGUGUAGUACUUUUUUUUACAAGAAUUUACUGUUAAGUUUUAUUAGUAGUUAAAAAAUAGAGUUGUUUGGUAAAUGAUUAUGUCAUUUGACCAAGUGUGAGAAUAAUGUUAGUUUAUUGUGAAUAGUUUAUAGAGAAAUACAAUAUAUGUUUCUUUUUUGACUGAAAAAUGUUUUUUUUAUGCCA